AUGGCCACAGGCGCCCUUCUGCCGUGCCCGCUGUCCCGGCUGGACUUCCUCAAGGCCUCACACUUCGCGCUGGGGCCCGACCCGCGGCUACAUCGGGGCACCAUGCGCUCCACGUUGCACCGGGACUUCCCCGCCUAUCCGGGGUUCACCUGGCCACACCCGAGUCCGCCGCCGCCGCGCGCGCCGCUCUUCCAUGUGGACGCGCGCUGGGCCGGCGAGGAGCACGUGUCGGAGGCGCGCCGCGCGUUCCCGCCGCCGCCGGAGCAGGCGUGGGAGCAGGAGAGGGAGCUGGUGCGGGAGCGUACACGCGCUAUGCAGGCCAGCAGCGUGCUCAUGCACGCGGACGCCCGCGCCGGCUCCAGACUGUCCAACGCCCGUGCAGCCUACGGCUGGCCUGAGUUGCCCGCGCGUGCCCGAGAGACAAUCCGCGGCGCGCGCCUCAUCUUCGACCGCGACUCGGUGCCUUCCGGCGACCGAGACCAGCUACGCAUCCCAGCCACCACGCACCAGGCGCUCUUUCCGCCCCACGACGCGUGCCCGCAAGCCCGCGCACCCUGCAGCCACCUCGGGGGCCCCAACAUCCUAACAUGGGACUACAGGGGACAGGAUGGGACUUCCUACCAGAGACAAUUCCAGGCCCUGCCGGGCCCACCUGCAUUGAUGUGCAAGAGGGCCUCCUCUAGUGUGGAACUUGGAGACUGCAAGAUUGGCUAUAGACCCAUGUGUUCAGAGCAGAAACAGGCCUACAGACCCCAGGGCCUGUCCCCAGACAGGUAUGAAAAGGCCCAGGCUGCAGCCCACAUCCACUACGUGAAUAUUUCUCCUGGAGAUGGCCUCUUUCAUGACAGGACCACCAAGAGCGAGCACUUCUACCCCCAGGAGCCAGAACCUUUUGUUCUUCACCACGAUCAGACUCCAGAGUCGCACAUCCUGAAAGGAAAUUGGUGCCCUGGCCCGGGCAGUCUGGACACCUUCAUGCGGUACUUCUAUGGCCAGCCGCCGCCCCCGACCCAGCCACCCAGCCGCCACGCGGCCCACAAGAAAUUGCAGAGUCACGUGACCCUAGGAGACCCGAAGCUGCUCGGACGCUUCUUCCAGACCACCAUGGGCUCAGACUACUGCCCCUCGGAGAUGGUAGAGAUGCCGAAAGCGUCCAGCCUCCACUUGCUGCAGAGCAAACUGCUCCUGGGCACCAGCGAAUUCGAUUUUUUAACCACGAACCAGAAGAUGAUGAAGCCACAUGGAAAAGCUCGAGCCCCGAGGACUGAAGAGAUGCUACAGCGGUGCAAAUACAGCCACAUGGAGCCCCCCCUGGGCAGACUGUGUUUCUUCUCAACCCAAUACAAGGAUGAGUUUCUUCACAAGUACCAGGGCCCAGCAGUGCUGAAACUGAGCAAACUCCAGGAGAGCUCUGUGCCCCUGGGCACGCUUCGCCAAUGGGGUUGUGGGGAGAAGACAGACCCGCAAGCCCCCCAGCUUUCUGUGUACCCCUGCCCCAGCCAGCAAUAA